CAUCAUGUUGAUCCGGCCCCUGAUCAACCCCAACAUCACCAUCUACGUGCCCGAGCACAGCUUUUGGCCCUGGGUGCCCCUGGCCGCGCCCAAAAACUCCAGCCAGGGGAGCGACCACAUCCAGCUGCCGGCCCACAACUUCUGGCCCUGGAUCCCCGUGGAGGAGCCGGAGUUUAAAAAGCAAAACGGAUCAAAAGAAUUUUUCGAACUCCCAACACACAACUUCUGGCCGUUCAUCCCACUAUACGAGGCCAACAAGACAGAACCACCCAAGAUACCCAAGAAACCUUGGCCACCCAGCGUCAACAGGUACAACUACGGUGAAGUUUUGUACAAGUCCAUUUUGUUUUUCGAAGUCCAGCGUUCUGGCUGGUUGCCAGAUAACAGGAAGGUCAAGUGGCGAGGUCAUUCAGCCCUGGAGGAUCAGGGGGACAACGGAGAAGACCUUUCUGGUGGAUGGUAUGAUUCUGGCGACUACAUCAAGUUCGGGCUCCCCAUGGCCUCAGCCUCCAGCAUGCUGCUGUGGGGUCUGGUCGAGUACCCUGACGCCUACAGGUCGUCUGGUAUCCUGGAGGACAUGCGGGACUGUGUCAGGUGGCCGCUGGACUACUUCAUCAAGGCUCACCCAGAGAAGUACGUCUUUUAUGGACAGGUGGGUGACCCCUACAUCGACCACACCUACUGGGGCAGACCCGAGGACAUGGACAUGGACAGACCCGCCUUCAAACUGACCCCUGACCUACCAGGUAGUGACGUCAUUGCUGAAACAGCUGCAUCAAUGGCAGCAGGUUAUCUCGUCUUUGUUGAUGUAGACCCUCCUUAUGCCAAACGUCUGCUACAGCACGCCCAAGAACUGUUUGAGUUCGCUGAAAACUACCGAGGUCCAUACUCCAACAGCAUCGAGAGUGCCGCGGAGUUUUAUGCGUCCUCUAACGACGAGGACGAGCUGGCGUGGGCCGCAGCCUGGCUCUACCGGGCCACAGACAACAGACACUACCUCAGGCGGGCCGAGCACUGGUACGGCAGGGCCCCCGACUGCUGGGCUCAAAGCUGGGCGGACAAAAGUUGUGGACUUCCGGUCCUGCUGUACAAGCUGACCAAAGACAGGAAGUACAAGCACGACAUCGAGAAGAUUUUCUACGACUGGCUGCCUGGUGGCUCCAUCCACUACACGCCUAAAGGGUUGGCCUAUAAGGAUGACUGGGGCACGCUGCGGUACACAGCUAACAUGGCCUUCAUAUCCCUGGUGGCCGCCGACCUGAACGUGGAGAGCAAGUCCUACCGCCAGUGGGCCAAACGUCAGAUACACUACAUGCUGGGGGAUGGGGGGAGGAGCUACGUCAUAGGUUACGGCCAUGACCCUCCUACAAGGCCACACCACGCUUCCAGCUCCUGCCGCCCCCCGCCCUACGACUGCAGCUGGUCAGACUACACCAAGACGGGCCCCAACGCCCACACGUUGUACGGGGCCCUGGUGGGGGGCCCGGGACGGAAUGACGAGUACGAGGAUGAGCGAGACGACUACAUCCACAACGAGGUGGGCUGUGACUAUAAUGGCGGCUUCCAGUCAGCUGUUGCAGCACUGAAACAUGUUGAGCUCCAGCUAUCUUGAGGUGUGUCGCGCAACAAAUGUUCUAAAACAUUUCAAAUAAAAUCUUGAGGUGUAUCGCACAACAAAUGUUCUAAAACAUUUCAAAUAAAAACUUGAAGUGUGUCGCACAACAAAUGUUCUAAAACAUUUCAACUAAAAACUUGAGGUGUGU